AUGAGUGUAACAACAAAUACUGUUGGUCAACCAUUCGACUAUUAUUGCGUAUUAGAUUUUGAAGCGGUAUGUCAUCAAGCAAACCCUGGCUCCAAACGACGAUCGCCAGACGAUGUAUGGGAAAUUAUUGAGUUUCCUAUCUGUUUGUUAGAAGCACAAACAAAUACAAUUAUUGAUAUCUAUCAUAGUUAUGUUCGACCAACGAUCAAAUCACGUUUGAAUGAUAUUUGUAUUCAAAUAACUGGGAUAACUCAAGAUAUGGUUGAUCAAUCUCCUACAUUUGAUUAUGUGUGGAAAGAUGUUCAGAAAUUCUUAUUAAAACAUUCGUUAAUUUGUUCAGAAGAUGAGAAUAGACCGACUUUGCGUAGUUUUACAUGGAUCACGUGUGGAAACUGGGAUUUGCGAACAAUGUUACCCUUGCAAUUAAAACAAUCCGGUUUUGAUCGACCGAAAUUCAUCAACGAUUUCAUCAAUAUCAAAGAUUUAUAUAUGGAAUAUAAUCCAUCAAAUCGCAUUUAUGGAAUGAAAGAUCUAUUGAAAAUAUUACAUUUGACUUUGGAUGGAAAGCAUCAUUCGGGAAUCGAUGAUACAAAAAAUAUUGCUAAAAUCGCACAAUGGUUCAUUGAAAACAAUCAAAUCUUGAAGUUAACAACAAGGGCUGAUGAAAAGGAAGUGAUCGCGAAGAAAUUGCAUGAAUUAGGCGACGAUUGGGCUAAGAAGAAAAUUUCAACGGAAGAAUACCUGAAGUUGGUGCAAGAACUCAACCAACGGUGCAAAGAUCUCUCUCAAUACCCAGGUUAUUAUGGCACGGUCAGUUUCGGCCGGAAUCCGGCAGCAAGGAAUCUGUCGGAACUUGCUGGAAUCGGCGAAAACUGUGCCGGAAUCGAGAAGAGCUGUACCGGAACCGACUCAGAUUUCAACGGAUCCAGUCGCCGGAAUGAUCGACCUGGGUAG